CUGGUUUCAUGGUUUACAUUUGACCUGGUCCCUGUGACUAGACAUGCGUCACAGAAACACUCGUUCAACGGUCACUUCGAGUUUUGGACUUUCUCCGCCCGUAAGCCACCUCCGCUAGUACCACUAUCGUGUCAUGAAAAGGUGCUUGUCCUCAGCUCGUCCGCUGCGCCCGCAUCAUGGGCCUUCUCGAAUUUCCUCUCCUCCUUCGAUCGGUCAUUUCUGCGGAACCCAUGGCUCUCGCCCUCCCAGCUCGCGCUGGGCUUCCUCCGCGUCGCGGCGACGUGGGAUCUACCAACGCUUCGCGACAGACAGCACAGCCUUCACUUAUGAGUUUAUCAGUGCCCAGGGGAUGAGGAAGAUGAGGCAGCCUAGGAUAAGUGAAAAGGCACACGACCCCAAUGAACGCUGGCUCGCACUGCUGGAAGAGCAUUUGCCACCGCCGUUGCGCAGAGACUACAAUGGGGAGGAGACGGAGGAGAGUCCGGAGCAUUCCUCCGCCAAUUCGUCGUCUAUGGCCCAGGAAUCCUUCGCAGAAGCUGUCGACAUGACCAACACGCUAUAUCGAGCCCGAAAGCAUCGACAUUUGGACCUGCUGACUUAUCUUGGCUUUCGGUUGAACAAUUGGGCUGCUGUGGAUUUCAUUUUAGGUCGUCUUCUUGACGCCUCCGAAGCCGCCAGUGACUUCUCGCGGCGCUCACGGCCACCAACCGGUGUGCAUUGGGCGCUGGAUCCGAACUCAACGCUUGAUGAGCUUUCUAGUCGAGCUGUGGAUUCUGCGCCUCCUGCUGCGCCGGCCACAAACCGCGGCGCGUCAAAUGACCCAAAAUUGAUUCCGCUGAGGCACAGUACCGCCAGGCCCUUUGCUGCCGAAUUGAAUGAGCGCUUUCUGGCGCAGAUAUGGCAAUCGCUUGGUGCCCUUGUACUAGACGCCGCGGAUGCAUCCCCCAAUGAGGCCAAGUUGGCUAUGUCGGUUGUUCUUUGCACUCUUGCCCGUCUGCAUACUUCUGGCGCUAUAUCCGACCGGGUUUACGAUUGGACUCCACCCCUGCGAUUCCAGAGUUCAUUUCGGCCUCCAGGGAUGUCCUUGCUCAAGUCCUCGAUUAUGCAAGCUCUGACUGAUGCUGCGUGGAUGGAGUACGAGGCAGACAUGGCUGACAAGGCUGCUGCAGCAGGCCAAGAAUCACCCUUCGUUUCGGUCAGCCCGGUCAUCCGUGAACUAGGACCAUCAAUUUGGAUGGAGUUGAUUCUCUGGUGCUGUGUCGAGCAAGGCUUUACCGAAGAGGGGGUGUGGCUAGUAGAGCGAAUGAAGAGACAGUCGAGCGACAACCGCUGGACGGCCAAGAACUGGAACAAGAUACACAUGCUCGACAAGUCCGCACGAGUCUGGAAGACUAAUAUCGAGAUGGAAGGCACAUGGCGUCGGCCACAGGACCCUGGAGUGCUCGACAGGCGAAUUAUGGAAAAUUACACCAAGAACAGGGUUGACCUGACUCCCUUUGUCGGAAUGGGUGAGCGAACGAUUAGCGAGGAAGUUGUUUGUGCAUUGUUCCACAGUCUCCCAAACCUGGCAUAUUUAGGGACCGGUUUCCGAGGCAUGUCACCCAGCCGCAUGGUGUCUUGUGUUUUCACAUUAAAGUUCAUUUUCGCUUCACAGAGGAUGACACGUUUGCUUGCGACAACCAGGACUUUCAAUACUUUCCUCAUGCGGGUGCUAUCAGCUGGAGGGAUCAACGCCCAAAAGGACCCUCUUUGUGUUAUUGACCUCCUCAAGGCCGCAUCGACUGUAGUGCCGCCUUGGGUUCCGCCCUAUAUGCAAGACACGGAUAAAAAGCAACUCAGGCGCUAUCGGCAGUGGGAUUCUUACAAUCAAACUCUGGCGCCAGUUGGCCUGCUCGAAUAUACCCUUAGGUAUUCUUCGUCCUUGCGACGGUCCGGGGAGGCCUUGAGGACAUUUGCCUGGCUGCAGGAAAUAGAAGACGAAAGCAGACAGCAGCGGACAGGCAAAUCCUUUGACUCGGAAGCUGUAGGCGCUGGGGACUCGCUCGAUUCUUCUUUAUCACCCAUGCCGCAUCUGUCGAGUGUGACGCUGGCCGAACUGCUCGACUUGCUCACCGCAUCACGGGCUUAUGGGUCGGCUGAAUGGCUAUUUUCUGCUACAGACGUCGAAAGGCCUGCCAUCUCAAAGGACGUGUACGGUGACCAGAACAUAGCGCCAUCGAUCCUUCGCUUUGCCGCCGCCACAAAGAAUGAAGUCCUUGCUGAAUCCGUUAUCGGAUCUCUUCAGCAGCCUCUUUCAACUAACACCUUGCGUGCCCUUCUCAAUUACCGCAUCGUGCAAGGCCACUGGGAUUCAGUGGUAAUGUUGCUCGAGUACCUUCGCGACCACCGCCUUAAGUCCUGGGGCCACAGCAACGUUGCCACCCUAGCAGCAGAGAUCAUCCGUCUGGAACACGCGCUCCAAGAGUUAGGAGAAGAUUCGGAACGCCUCGGUACAGACUAUGAACGGAGGCACGCCAGCCUCGUCAGUUCUCUGGGCACGGCGAAGGCAAUCCUCGGCCGCUUAUUUGCUGGAGAGUUCAGCGAACGCCAGAGCUCGGUCCUAUCGAACAGCGCUGUCCCCGUCCAGAGCCGGGACUUCCAACCACGUGUGCUCGCGAGUUUUCACCGCGUCUUCCUCAAUUUCGUAGACUCCCCUGCCCUUCGUGAUAUCGCCGCCUCCAGCACACAUCACCUAAAAUUCAAGGUCGCUUCGCGUACCCUGAUCCCCUACAUUCCCUCGACUGCGUUCCACCAGAUCCUCGAAGCCGUCGUUGAUACGCAAGGCAGCGCCGCGGGCAUGAACCUUUACUUCAAGACCUGCUUGGACAUUCCCUCACCGGAAACGGUCAGGACGCGUGAGGGCGGCAUCCCGCGCAUGUACCUACACUCCGAACGCAUCCUCGAGCGAGCCGACCCCCACUUCGACCCAGUAUACUUCUGGGGCAAGCAGGAAAAGUGUGUGAUCCCGAACCUGAAUACCAUUCGGGUCAUCCUACGGGCGGCGAUGAAAGAAUACAACGCCAAGAACAGGGUGCAAGAAGACAAAAGUCACAACGACGACCACGGCACCGCUGAAUCGUUCUUUGAUGAGGAUUCACAAAUAAAGGACUACUUCGAGGGUAAUUACUUGGAGAAAAGAAUUAAGGCUAGAGCGGCGGCAACGGACCGGUCUGUCGAUGACGCCCUGGAUCCUCUUCAUCGCGAUCAAGAUCAGCCAACAACGCAGCCGCCGGACUUAGAGCCAAGGUCAACAACACUACAGCCAGAGCCCGAGUCAGAGCCCGAGUCAGAGUUCGAGUUAGAAGAAGAACCAGAAGAAGAAUCCGAACCGAUGAAAGCGCGGGUCCUCGCCGACCUCAUUGAAGCUCCCCGGGAGGGCCCCCAGAAGCUGCUGAGCCGGGACAACCCGGUCUGGCCCGUUCUGAACUUUUGCAUCAAGCGGUACUUCCGCUUCGGCCUCAACUAUAAGGAGGUUAACCGCGAAACCGGCGGGUAUCUGACCCUGCAGCGGCGGGAUUAUUGGGGCGACACGGAGGCGGCGGUCGAGCUCUCCGUGCGCACCCUUCCGGACAAAACCAUCCUGGUCGGGCCGGAGUCGAUGGUCCGCAGGUCGUAUCCGAUCCGGAAGAAGUUUGUAAAUUGAUCUUCUCCGGAUUCUACGGUUCUUUAUUUUGUCUCGAGCUGGUUUUAUCUCCUCUCCCUGCUCCCUUUGUGUGUGUAUAGGGGGUAAGGGUCAAAGAACCCCGGUUUCAUGUUCCCGGAGUCCGACUCAAUGUGUUAUGUGUAUUAUAGAGUUGAUGUGUAUAGUCCGACCUGUACAGUUUCCAGGACCCCCUUUUUCCCUUAAUCUUAGAUCUAUAUACAUACCACUCUGUAUAUUG